UCCGUCUCUUUUUAUUUAUUUUUAUUUUUAUUUUUUUUGGAGAGUAUGCCUCUCUUUUCUCAUUUUUAGUUUUUAGAUUCCCUCUCUGUCCGAUCCCUGCCUCAAAAUCAAAUUCUACUCUUCGCUUUGAAAAUUGAAAUUCCCCCAACUUCCCCUUCUGCUACUUGCUCUAUGCCUCCUCCUCCUCCCUACCUCGUCGUUCCUCCGCAGAAGCUAGGGUUUCAGUUUCUAAUCUUUUCACCGGUCAAUUACUCAUGUUUUCCGCUUCCUUUUUGAGUUUCUGAUUGGUCAGUUCUUUCGAUUCUGUGGAAAAUGGAGCACCUUUCUUUUGUUUCCAAGUUUCUCAGCUGGUGUGGUAGCUGACUUGAUGUCGGGGUGUUCAUUUCUUUGCUUUUUAGCUUUUUCUUCAGUUCUCUGAGUCUAGUUUUCAGAAUACGAAUCUAAUUUUCUGUUUUUGGCUUCAAAAUUUGGAGAAUUUCUGUUCUAUUAAAUUAGGGUUUGUACGUUGAAUUACUUAAACACGGUGAAGUUGCUGAAUUUUGAGACUUUUCCUCUCUAGUCGAUACUGUUGUUAUCCAAUUCAAUUAGCUUUCGAGCAUGAUUUGGAAUUGAGGGAAUUUUUUUUUUUUUUUGGGGAUAAUUUGGAGUAAGCAGUUGCUGUAUAGAAAUUAGGGUUUCUGUUGUAAAUUACGCUGCUUUCUUGGAUUUGAAUUUCAAGUGUUGUGAAAUAAGCUUUUUUGAGAGCUAACUUAUAGUUGGGGUUAGUUGUUGUUGUGAAAUUGUGGAUUUUUGUUAAUACUUUUAAUUUAUCAGUGUAUUUUAGUUUUCAGUGCAAGUUUUAGGAUAAUCUGGAGACUCUAUAUUGUGCGGAAAAAAAAAAACUGGGAGUUUUAGUUUCUAGGUAAAAAUGUUUUAUUCACAAUUUAUAUUAGCCAAGAAAGGGCCUUUGGGAACGAUUUGGAUAGCUGCUCAUUUGGAGAGAAAGCUUCGAAAGAACCAGGUCGCUGACACUGAUAUUGGGGUCUCUGUAGAUUCCAUUCUUUUUCCUGAAGUACCCAUUGCACUUAGGCUGUCCAGUCAUCUUCUGCUUGGUGUGGUGAGGAUAUACUCUAGAAAGGUUAAUUACCUUUUUGAUGAUUGCAGUGAGGCUUUGUUGAAGAUAAAGCAAGCUUUUCGCUCUACUGCAGUUGAUUUACCACCGGAAGAAUCAACUGCUCCAUAUCAUUCCAUUACAUUGCCAGAGACUUUUGAUCUUGAUGAUUUUGAGCUGCCAGAUAAUGAUAUUUUUCAAGGAAACUAUGUUGACCAUCACGUCAGUACAAGGGAGCAGAUUACACUUCAAGACACCAUGGAGGGUGUGGUAUUCUCCACAUCACAGUUUGGGUUGGACGAGCGAUUUGGUGAUGGUGACACUUCUCAAGUUGGUUUGGACCUUGAAGAGGACCUGUUACUAGAGAAGGUUACAGCAGUUAGGCAUGAUGAAGUUUCUGAAAAUGAUGCUCUGACAGAUACCGAACAAAUGCCACAUCCAGAAGAUACAAGUCAUGAAAGGAUGACUGGAUCUUCUGAAGAUAUGCCAUUGAAUGGUACUAGAAACAAGGUUGCUAUGGAUAUCCAAAAUAUCUUAUUGCUAAAAAUUGAAGGUUUUGCUGCAAAUGUGGUAGUCAUUGACUACGCUCAGGCUCCAUCUACUCCUGGAUUAGUGGAAGAACCUAAUGUGUCCAGUUUUAAGGAGGGUCUAACCUGCGAUGAUCAUUUAGAAUCAGAAGAUCACAGUUUAAGAGGAUUAGUAGGGGUAGAUAGCUCAGAAGAUGCCCCCACUAAGUCAGAUCUUCCGCACAGGGGUGGCACAAUGCAUUUGUCUUUGGGUGAUCAAUUAAAUCAUGAUAAUAUUAUGUGCACGCCUGCUGAGGAAAACAGCCACUUUUCUGGUGACUUGGAGAUCAAUCAAUCUGGGCUAGGAGGAGAUUUUCAUUCUAAUUCAGUGGCUACAGAACACAUUCUGGCAAAUGGGACUGUUGACACACUGGAUGGGUUAGACAAGGUAGAAGAUACAGAUAAAGUUGUUUCAUGCAAUAAUGAACAGACUUGUUCCCCUGUAGAUCAAAUCAAUGGAGAGUAUGAAGAAUCCAUAGGAGUUAGAUUACAAGAAACUGAAAAGGUUGAAACUGCUUAUAAGAUGGAAGAAUCAAACUUAAAUGGCAAAAAUUUAGCAUCAAAUAAUGUAAAUUCAUUGGAAUCUCCCAUUGGUUCAGAGUGUAUUAAUGUUGAAGGUCAGAGUUUUCAGGCACAAGGAAAACCUGAAACAUUGAACGGACAUCUAAAUAAUCAACAAAUGGCACCUGCUUGCACAGUUCUACUUCGUGCAUGCAAUUCCAACCUGAGCCAGACUGAUAUGCCAUCUUGUGAAGUUAGUAAUCCCAUGGUUAUUCCUGACUUGCAAUCAGCAGAUGAUGUAUCAUUGCCAUCAGACACAGUUGAAAGGGAAGAAGGAUUCCAUGCUUCUAGGACUUCCACCAAGGUGCAAGGUCAAGAAUGCGAUGCAAAUGAUGUUGUACAAUCAGAGGAAAAUCAAGUAUCUGAACCUACUUUAGGUGGAGAAAUUCAGGUCAAUGGAGAAAAACAUGAAGAGCUACUGGACAACUCAAUCUCUAAUGGGAACCAGUGUGAAAAUCUGAGUAGUUCCAUGACUGACUUGCCUGCGCCUGAAAAGUUGCUUUCUCUUCCCCGGAGGCUUCUUGAUGAGCCACUUGACUUGGUAGUCGAGACACCUGACAAAGAAGUCCAAAUAGUACACGAUCGAAGUGGUGCUGGGACAGAAAUUUCUGGGAAAAAGCGCAGUUUCACUGAAAGUUCACUUACUGCAAAAAGUUUAAAGUCAAUUGAAUCAUUUGGAGCAAGCAGAUUGGAGAGAACGGCUGUAGAUUCCAUUCCUGAUGAUGAUGACUUGCUAUCAUCUAUAUUAGUUGGAAGGAGGUCUUCAGUUUUGAAAAUGAAGCCCACUCCACCUGCACCUGAAGUACCACCUAUUAAGCGUACCCGAUUUGCAUCUCGGCCUAGUGCGUUAAAGAGGAAGGUGCUAAUGGAUGAUUCAAUGGUUUUGCAUGGCGAUACUAUACGUCAACAGCUGACAAGCACAGAGGACAUACGUCGAUUGCGAAAAAAAGCUCCUUGCACACGCACUGAAAUUUUGAUGAUUCAAAGGCAGUUCUUGGAAGAGGAAAUUUUUAGUGAACCAGUAUUGACUGGUAUGUCGGCAGAACUGGCUCAUUUGCACAAUGAAGCACUUGAUUUGAGUGGAAUCAUGGUUUCUGAAAAUGAUGAUAAUAACAAUGCUCCUUUGGAACUGGUGAAUGAUGAAGAUUCUGCCAAGCAGAUUGUCAACCAAGAUAGUGAAAUCGAAGGGGCCUUGGAACCUGUUGGUUUCAGAAAUGACACUGAUGGACUUCCCUCUGAGCUACCCAUUCAGAAUGACAAUCAGCAGGCUGAAGGUAACUUAGGCUCUCAUGAUAUUGAUAAUCAAGAACAUAUAAAUGGUAGCACUGAAACAGCAGAUUAUAAAACUUCAGAACAUGAACAUCUGGGAGAAAGAAGUGAAAUAGAAAUUAAUAAAUUGAAUUCUCAACUUGCUCAUACAACAAAUCAGACAGUUUCGGGUUUGGAGACAUUCCAAAGUGAGCCAGUGUUUGGAGAUAUUCUUGAAAUGCCCACUGCUACUCUUGAUCAGUCAGCUGUCACUGAGAAAACAUUUGGAGCGGAUGAUUUUAUGCAGAUAGAUACUUUGAACUUGUCGAAUGAUAAGAUUGAUACUCAACUGAUUAAGGAGGAUGCUUUCAUAAGGGAUAUGAGCAAUGACAGAGAACUUGAUGGUAUUGAAGUUGGAGAAAAUUGUGUAGAGCAAGCCAUGGCAGUUGGGGCUGAACUGGGGACAGGGGAAGGAAUGUUAUUGGAGGAAAGCAAAGUUGCUGCAUCAAUUGAAAUCAGUGCAGAUGUUCAGGCAGAUGGUUCUGCACCUGCUGAUGUUGCAGACACUUCUCUUGCUAAUGUGUCUUCUGAAACUGGUGGAUGCGUUAACCUCAGUUCUGUAAAUGUUGAUAAAGCUUUGGAAGAUAUCGAAAAUGAUAAGCAUGAGGUUCUUCGUGAGGAUGGAGACCUGGCUGCAAGCUUAGCAUGCAUUGAUGACAAGGACCAAGCCUCUAAUCACUUGUGUAAUGAAGAAUCUAAAACAGAUUCUACAUAUUUAGUAGCACUUGAUGGGGAUUUUAAAAAUGCUUCCCUAAAUGGAGAGUAUACAGUAUGCCAGCAAGAUGAUCUUCAAGGUGCCAAGGAUGUUGAAAAUGCUCCUCGUGACCAUCUUACUGCUGGAUAUUAUGGUGACUUUCCAGAUGUUGCAUUUGCAAAUGAUACAGAGUUUCUGAAUGUAGAUGAUGAUGAAAUAGGCGAAGAUGAUGAGGAAGGCAUGCCUAAUGCUGAAGACACUGGGCUUCUUGAGAACAGUGGGUGGUCUUCUCGCACCAGGGCUGUUGCCAAGUAUCUUCAGAUUCUAUUUGAUAAGGAAGCAGGACAAGGAAGAAAGGUCCUGUCAAUGGACAACCUACUAGCCGGUAAAACUCGCAAGGAAGCAUCAAGGAUGUUCUUUGAAACGUUGGUCCUUAAAACAAGGGAUUAUGUCCACGUUGAACAGGCGAAACCUUUUGAUAACAUCGAUAUAAAGCCACGUGCGAAGCUAAUGAAAUCAGAAUUCUGACCCCUUGCUUAGGAAAGGCAGAUGCAUUUGUUAAAAGUUCAUGUCCUAGCUAGGCCGAUGCUUGGGCCGAUCCGGGAAUUCUUUUGCUAGAUUUUUUAUUUCUUCCCCCUUAAAGUACAACUCUUUUUUCUUUUUUAACUAUUUUGUUCAUGUAACUGGUAGUUGAGUAGCGGGGUAAGGUUGCACAUGUCACCAUGUUGGGUAUAAUAUAACAAAAUUGUUGUAAUGUAGACCAUAUUUGUGUAAAUAUGUAUAAAAUAUUAUCAUUUGCAAGUAUAAAUGCUAAUUUAAAUUGUUUGCCUUUAUACGAAA